UCUCAGUUACUGAACGAAGAUAGGAGCGUCGAAUGAAUAAAUCGUUACUUUUCUCAGCUCUCGUCGACUAUGGAUGUGGAACUUUUAAUCAGUGAAGUUUUUCUCAGGCCUUGUUUGUGGGAUAGAAAAAACAAAAACCAUCACAAUAGAUACGUGCUGGAUAAAUUAUGGGAUGAAGUAGCUGUUAAUCUGAAUACUACAAGACUAAACGCUAGAAAUAAAUGGAAAGGUUUACGUGAUAAAUUUAGAAUCACCUUAGCAUCAAUGCCAACAUCAACAUUUGGUGAUCCUCAAUUGGGCGAAUGGAAAUAUUUCCAAAGUCUUUUAUUUUUAAAGGAUCAAUUUAAUUUGGGAUUGUCGAAAACCACUAUUCCCAAAAAGGAAAAUGAAAAUACUUGUGAUGAUGAAAAUGAAACUGAUGAUACUUACGAUAGCCAGCAAUCUAUAACGGAAGAACUCGAAACCCUUUAUUCUCCACUUGAACAUACGGAUUCUCUGGCACCAUCUUCGUUUACACCUUCAAAUACUAGUGAAAAACGUAGAAAAAUAGAGAAUUCAGCAAAUGAUGAUAUGGGGCAUGCGUUGCUGGAUGCAGAUUGGGAAAGAAAUCAGUAUCGAGAAGAACAAAAAAUGCAAAUGGAAGAAGAUGAAGAUUUAAAUUUUUUUAAAAGUUUACUGCCACAUGUAAGGACUUUUUCCGCAUACGACAAAAUGGAGUAUAGAAUAAAAAUAAUGAAAUUAACUCAAGAUUUUUUAAAUCCAAACUAAGUACUUGAAAAAAAAAAUUAUACCAGAUGUAUUUGAUAAAAUAUGAACACUUUUGUACUGCGACC